UUAAGGUGGAACGGAGGACUGGACGAGUAGAGGGCUACUUUGCUCCCGUUUUGGCCCCCAGCCUCUGCAAAUCACCCUCUUUGCCACGAAACCGCCUACAGCUAAUAACUAACCGGGACUUCAUUUCCCAUAAGUACUUGGGAAUUUCCCCCGUCAGAGGCAGCGCUGAAAAAAAAAACAGUUUGGGAAAGAAUCCAUGGAAUUUGUUUCCUGUGAAAGCUGGCCAUAGCCGAGCGCAGAGCGGCGCUGGGAUGGACGUGCUGGCUGGCGCUCACGGAGGAGACACGCAGGGCACCGUUUAAGGAGGCGUUUCGAGGGUUUGGGGGGUUUUUCUCAUUCUGAGGGGGACAGACAGCUGGAAGGGCCGGACCGAGGACAGAGUAAACGGAAUAAACCCCGGGGAUCCGGGGUCGCAGUCAUGGCUGAGCCCCUGCUGAAGCGCACCUUCUCCAGGCUCCGAGGAAAAGACAGGAGCCGCAGGAAAACAGACCCUAAACUCAACGAAGCAGCAGGGAAGACGGAUCUCGUCCAUGGUUCUUCAUCAUCGCCAUCGCCGUCCGCCUCGGCAGGCGGCACAGAGGCAGAUCAGUCUGUUGAGGCAGACUUCACAAGACACACGCAAAUUACCGUCUCCAAAAAGCAAAGCUGGGCCAAACUCUCCUCCACUGGUUCCCGGGACCAGGCCGGGCCGGAUCAGCUCUCCAGCCUCAGCCCUGUGGUUAUGGACCGGGACGGCUGCUCAGGCAAGGCCCAGGCUUCAAAACAGGCCUGGAGCCAGAGGACUUUCAGGGAGGACGGGUUGUUGGAGCGAGGGAAAGAUUUGGACAGGGAUUUGGGUUACUCCAGGGACAGAGACGAUGCAGGUUUACCUGAGUUAACCUCUGUGUCUGCGGACCUCUCCAUCCCCACCAAUAUUGCUAAGCUUUCCGGCCAGGGUGCCUACCUCCAACACCUGGAGAGAAGCAGCCGAGCCUGGGUACUCUCCACAGGAAAGUCCCAUGGUCCAGACGAGGCCUACCCGGCCUGCCUUACAGACUGGAGGCAUGCAGGCGAAGGAGAGAAUAACAUUUGGUACAACCCCAUCCCAGAGGAAGAGGACGCGCGGGCCUUUGGAGUCAAGGAGCGGGAGAGAUACAGAGAUCCGUGGAGGAGGAGAGAGAUGGAGGGAGCGCUGGAGGAGAGGAGAGAUGUUUUUCAGCAGACGUGUCCUUCAGAUGCUCAGUGUGUGGGAGGAGCACCAGCAGGCAUCAGCACUAGUGUUGCUCCUGGCGUCAGUAGCGAAUACACUGGUGGGGCUAUUAACGGUUCAUCAGGGUCUUCGGGGAGCCCUGGAGCUCUGAAGAAGAGCUCAGGAGGAAGUGUGGGCGGCGGCAGCAGCGUGAUGGACAAGAUCAAGUCCCCGGGGACGGUCCGCCGCCUUUCAAUGAAGAUGCGGAAGCUUCCUGAGCUCCGACGCAAGCUUAGCCUGCGCUCGUCCCGCAACCAGCGUCACGCCGCUCACGGACACGGGGCCUCGGGAGCGACAGGGGGCGCUGAUGAGGCUUCGCCCCCCAACGCACGCAAGGAGUCCUCCAACAACGUCAUAAGCAGGUACCACCUGGACUCCAGCGCCCCUGCCAGGCCGAUGCGCAGGUCCUCGCGCACACGGUCCACUAGCAAGGGCGGCUAUCUUAGUGACGGGGACUCGCCUGAGCUCUUGCCCAAGCAGGGAUCAGGUCAGGGGUCUGCAGAGGGGUCACAGGAAUCACAGGGCUCGCCUCCGCCUCCCCCAAAUCAUGGACUGCAGGAUUCGGCUAACAUAGUGGACACAGGGUCAUUCCGGCUCUACUCGCUAGCUGACCAGCCGCGCUGCGCCCAGAGAGUUUCUGGCCUCCUUACUGUCCACCUGCUGGGCGUGGAGGAGUUGGUGCGUUCGCCUCGCGCCGACACCGGUAAGGACGUAUUCUGUGCCAUUCAAGUGGACGGAGUGACCCGCGCACGCACUGCCCUGCUCACCUGCCGAGGGGCAUGUCUCCCUUUAAACCACACCUUCAACCUGGAGCUGGAGCGCGCUCGGCUGCUCAAGCUCGUUGUCCUCACGCCAGCGGUUACCGCGGCUAACGAUGGGUCAUCUUCUGCCCCUGGUGGUCAGACUCGCAAUCGAGUAUGCUGUCUUGGCGCAGUGGCGAUACCACCUCUGUUUAAAGCCUCGCGGAGCCAGCAGCUGUGUGUGAAGCUGGAGCCACGGGGGUUGCUGUACGUGAAGUUGACUCUGCUGGAGCAGUGGGAGGCCCCCUCGCCCUGCCUCAGUGAGCUCCCGCCCCCCGCCGUGUUUGGGGUGGAACUGCGCCGCCUGGUGGAGAAGGAGGGCCAACAGCUCAGAGUUCCUCUGAUCAUUCAGAAGUGUGUGGCAGAGAUCGAAAAAAGGGGACUGAAGGUUGUGGGUCUUUAUCGCCUCUGUGGCUCUGCAGCUGUAAAGAAGGAGCUGCGUGAUGCGUUUGAGAGGGACAGCGCGGCCGUCACUCUGAGUGAAGAGCUGUACCCGGACAUCAACGUGAUUACUGGCAUUCUGAAGGACUACCUCCGUGAGCUGCCGUCGGCCCUGAUCACGAAGACUCUGUACGAGGUGGUGCUGGAGGCCAUGUCUCUGCGUCCGGCCUGCAGGAACGACAAUGAUGCACAGAGAUCUCAGAGCACUGUCUCACUGCUGCACUGCCUGCCUGAACCAGAGAGGGCUACUCUGUCUUUCUUGCUGGAUCAUCUGAGUCUGGUGGCGUCCUUCAGUGACUGUAACCUGAUGACGUGUCAGAACCUGGCUGUGUGCUUUGGUCCGGUUCUGCUGACCCCUACACAGGAGUCCUGGAGGGCGGGGUUACCAGGAUUCAGCUCUGGGGCCUCUGGGGUUCCUGGGGCCACUCGGAGUUCCCGUAGCACCAACCACAGUGUGGAGAUAGCCAGCGCCGUGGACUUCAAGAGACACAUAGAGGCCCUACACUAUCUACUGCAGCUAUGGCCUCUUCCCACAGGUCGAGUGAUAGACCAGUCAUCGUACAGCCUUGAGGUUUCUCCUGUUUCCGUUACUCCUCCUCCUCCAUCCCAGAAUCCCAUGCAGCGGCGUGCACAGCGUGUGCCUUUGCGCGUGGAGCUCCCGCUACCACAAGACGUCGUGGUGGUGUCCCGUAGAGGUCGCGGCCGACUGGAAAGCCCUCCCUGUAACCGCUACGCUGGAGACUGGAGUGUGUGUGGGCGGGACUUCCUGUCCAACGACGACGCGGAUUACGAUGAGGUGGCGGGCAGCGAGAGCGAUGAAGAUGAGGAGGAGGAGAAGAAGGAGGAGGACGUUUGGGUGUCCUCGGGUGGUCUGUAUGCGGACGAUUUCGCUCUGGACUUCGAUGCCCCGUUUACAUGCAGACUGAGUCUGAAAGACUUCGAUAACUUGAUCUCAGACCUGGAGAGAGAACUCGCCAAACAGAUCAACAUCUGCCUCUGAGCGCCCACUCACUCUAAACCCUGUAUCUGCAAUGCAUGAGCUGUAAGAGUGUGAGAGUGGAGAGAGAAACUCGAGACACACAGUUCACAAUGUGUUAUAAUGCACACUGAACGCACACUGAAUGUACUGAUAGUAAAUAGCUAAAAGGCUGUACUUCAGUCCUAAAAACUAAACCAAAACCAGAUAUCUGACUGUACAACAGUACUGAAAACAGCCACAAGGCCCUAUUACAACACUAAAGAACAACUUUAGGGCUAUAAGACAGAAUUAAAGUUGACUAUAGCGUUUUAUGACAGCAAUAAACAGCUUUUAGGUUUUAUAACAAUACUUAAAACCGCCACAGGACUGCAAAAUAAUACUAAAACCAGCUACCGGUUGUCUGACUGUGUGGAAGACAGAGCUAUAUCAACAUACUUAAACAGCUAUAAGGCCACACUACAAUACUGAAAACAGCUAUAGGACGUUACUGCAAUGUUAAAAACAGCUAGAGGGCUAUAUGACAGUUAUAAAAACUGCUAUAAGACUGUACUAGAGUACUAGAAACAACUUUAUAAAAUGGUCCUAAAAUCUGAUUGGCUAAGCCUGACUCUCAUGUUGCUCGCAUGGACCACCGAGUAUACUGAUGAAGUAAGAAGCCGUUUUCUGUUUAAACUGAGGAGCUGACCUGGGCUGGUCAGCUAGCUAACAGGCUGAAAGAGCCAACAGCCUAAACACCUCCAUCAUUAACAUCACAGUCUUGAAUUAAAGUACUUACGGUUUGAUUAACUGUAAAACAGCAGUAUGAAAGUCUAAAGAAUGAACUUGAAUGUCUAACACGUUUUAAAUGUUCGUGUUUCAGUCAGAAGUACCGUCAACCCCAGGCUCGAUCCCAAACGGCUCUGUACUCCCUAGCUGUGUAUUAGCUUAUAUAAGUUUAGAAAUUCUACCCUCUACAGCCAAACGGUGCAUCAUUUAUCGAGUGUGGAGUGUCUGAGUCCCAAAUGACUAUUUCUUAGCUGUAUUUUGCUCUGUUGGGCUGCAGGAUCCAGUAUUUAAACUCCUACGUAGUGCACUAUGUAGGGAGCAGGGCACCAUUUGAGAUUUAGCCCCAGCGUGAGAAGCGGGGCACUGCUGGAUUGGUGCUAAAUAAGACUCACGGUGGUAAUUUGUUGGCCAAAAAGUACUUAUAAAGUGAAAGUUUCUGCAAGAACCAGUGCUGCGUUAUCAUAUGUUCAUUAUUAUAAAGACAAAAAGUUAAAUAAUUCAUGAAAUGAUCACAGUGUACAACGAUGGGCGACCUCAUUCAGCAGUCCAUGGUUGCUUUUUGAUUAUUAUAAUUAAAACUUAAAUUAUUUUCUGGGAAAGUGUGUAUUUUAACAUAUUUUAUGCUGCCGUUUUAUAAAAGCAGUAAGCAACUUGAGGCUGUGUGUUACUAUCACAGAGAAGGGAGCACCCUUCCUGUGAUAAAAUCCCAGUGCUAAUGCUUUAUGAUAGUUUUAUAAAUAGUUACAGGACUUUAUGAUGAUACUAACGUAGUUGUAUGACUGCACAACACUACAAACAGCUGUAAGGCUUUAUGACAGUACUUAAACACCAAUAGGACUGUGCUGGAACACUAUAAACAGCUAGAGGACUGUAUAGUACUACAACAGAGCCUUAAGACAGUACUGAAAUACUUUGUACGUAGUAAAUAUGAUCAAGUAAAUUGUAAAUAUCCACUGAAAAUUAGGUAACAAAUGCUUUAACAGUGCACUGCAGAUACAGGGGUUCACCUGAGUGAAAUAAUAAUGAAGAGAAACCUAAAAGAGACUUUUUUCUUGCUCUGAAGGACGACGACAAGCAGGUUGUUCUGCUUUAGUAUGUGAAGUUUAUUUAAUAGCACCCCAGUUGGCAACUGCAGUCCUGCAGGACUUCAUGGUUUGUUUCUGACCAGCUCAAAACAGACCUACUAAGGACCUACCACACCCGAUCUCUCACAGAGAGUACUCUCAAAGUUACAUCAGUACCAUCAAUGUGGACAGUCGGAGUAUUCACCACCUUUUGUGUUCAGUCAAGCUUGUCAUUGGUCAAAAGACUUCACUUAUAUAGCAUCGCAAAGGCUGUGGGUUCUGCAGUAGUGUCCAUGAUUGCUGACUGUGAUUAGUACAUUAUAUAAUUAUUUGUUAUUCGUUUGCCCAGGUUCCUGCUGUUCAUUACGACGUGGCAGAAAUCUGGAGGCUUGAGAAGUGGCCGGUGAUUUACGCGAGCAGGGAAAACACUAAACCAUGCGAACUAUGCAGUGCUCAGACUUCUUAGAGCUGGAGUUGCUUGCCCUGACUCUGAGGCUUGUGCUUGUGUAUUUCUCUUAUUCCCGGGAAUGGUCUCGUCCCGGUGACCAGCCAGUGACGCUUGGGCCAAGAAUUUUGUAAUUCUUUCCACCAGGACAUUCCGUUAUUGGUCCGGCACCAGCACUUCCAGUCAGCCAGAGAGUCUUAAUGCUCGAGAUGCUUUCUAGCUCUGCUUUUGCGUUCGUCAAGAUUGCGUUUUACUGUCAUCUUGAUUUGUUGCCUGUGCCAGACAGGCCUGAGUAAAUGCCUAAUAGUAGACAUACUCAGGUUAUGUAUUAUGAAGUCUUUAGUUUUGAGGUCACUUAUGAUUUGAAUUCAGGUUUUACAAUUCCAGUAACGCUUAAGGUGGACAAUCAUAAUAUAAAUUAUGGACCAGCAGAGUGGGUCAGAAGAAGGAAUUUGGUUUCAUUUGAAAGUUUACCAGUAUAGAAGAAAUAUAGAAACUAAAAGAUAUUUGCCUAAUGUAGAAUCCACAUUUGCAGUCUGUCAAAAUGAAGCACUAUGGAUUGGCAAAUCAGGACAGACUCCCGUUCUCUUCCUGCACAUCUUCUGUGUUUCUGUGUGUUUAUAUUCACAUGGAGGAUAUGUUCUCUAACCUAACUUGCUUACAGACCAAAGACACAUUUGAUAGUUCUAUUGCACUUCUUGAUUGCGUGUAAGGUUGUCCUUUUUGCUGCUUACUUGGUCGGAUGCAGUACAUGGUGUUGCCGUUGCUGGUGUAGCACUGUUCCUCUAUUUGAGCACGGUACAAAUAUUUAGCCAACUGUGAUUUGUGAUAUAUAAAAAAGUAACAGAUGGAAUUCAAAGGCCAUAACUAAGCCAGAGUUUGCUUUUCAUGCGAAACGAUUGAAUCUUAUUAUAUUUUGUAUUUUGUUUUGUCUUAUAAACAGUAUUAUUUUAUAUUGCACAUUUACAACAAGCACUUAUUUUUACUGUGUACUAUGCCUCUGUGUAUUAGUGUAAAAGCCUCCUCUGUUAAAUUGGUACCUUUAUGUACCCUUCAGUGUUAAUCCAACAACAUAAAUGAAAAAUAAAGCACAGUAUUACAGUUCCUAAA